AUGGUAGAGAGUGUUAUGGGUUCUGGUAUUGGUCAAGUAUCAGCACAAGCAAAGUAUAAUGUUACUAUUGUUGAUAAAAAUGAAGCAUCUUUAAAUAACUCAAAAAUUGUUAUUUCAAAAUCAAUUGAACGUAUAUCAAAAAAAAAAUUUAAUGAUAAUGAUCAUGAAAAAGAAAUAUUUAAAAAUGAUAUAUUAGAUCAUAUCAAAUUUACAACUAAUCUUACAUAUGCUGUAUCAGAUACAGAUUUAAUUAUUGAAGCAAUUGCAGAAGAUAUUAAUGUUAAACAAAAAUUAUUUAAAAAUAUUGAAAAAAAUAUUAAUGAUAAUACAAUUCUUGCAACAAACACUUCAUCUUUCUCAAUAACUAAAAUUAGUGAAGAAAUAAAAAAUAAAGAAAAUUUUAUUGAGAUUAUUGUAACAGAUAAAACAUCUAAUGAUACUACUCAACAAAUAAUGAAUUAUGGAAAAAAAAUAGAAAAAGUACCUGUUAAGUCUUUCAAAUUAUAUGAACGUAAUGUUGCAACAAAAGAAGAUAUUGAUAGAGCAAUGAAAUUAGGAGCUGCUUAUCCAAUGGGUCCUUUUGAGUUGGCUGAUUUUAUUGGUCUUGAUAUUUUAAAAAGUAUUAUGGAAAAUUAUCCUAAUCAAAAGUCAAAAAUUUUGGAAAAACUUGUUGAAGAACAUAAAUUAGGAAUUAAGAGUAGUGAAGGAUUUUAUAAAUAUUAA